AUGCCUACGUUAUCCUGCAGUAGUGAUUCAAACAAAUCGCAAUUUCUCGAUGAAAUAGCUCUCCUCAAACGGGGUAAGAUCACACGUGACACCCCGAAAAACACAUACAAAAGAGGACUCUCUGGUGGAGAUCCAAAAGGACCACCAAUAGAUAACGACGACCCCAUCACAUUAGCUGAAUUGAACACACGUGGCUUGAGAAUUGAUGACGAACACAUCAUUUAUACCUUCCCAGAUACCAAACCUUCUGGUAAAGUCCCAACGUCGCGUAGCUCAAGCGGAAGCGUUUCGUCAUCGGAAGUGAAGAAAAACGUCACCCGCAGUUCAUUAAAUGUCGUUCUCAUAACGUGGAAGAACUGA